AUGACUACCAACCUGCGAUUUAGACUCGACCAACGGACGUGCGAUAGACGUCUCGAACAUGGAAAUGAAGUAGUUGACGAGGUCGACAAUAGUGAACGUCAGGGCAAAGGAAACCGAAAUGCCCAGAAGCGUGUAGAUCGACACCUUGAGCAGAAACGGAGAAAGGCAACCUACCAUCAGUCCGAAAUAGCGCAGGAACUGACGCUGCUUGCCGUCUACCUCCGUGGUGGCGACGGUCAGACGCCAGAGAAUUACAAGGCCGAUAACGAUGAAAGUGAACGCGAAGUACUGCAGGGAAGUGAAACACAACGGACGCAGACACACCAGGGUGAAGAACGGCGAGGUGGAAACCUCAACCAAAGCGCAAUUCACGAUGAGAGAGCAUAUCGCACCGAUGAUACCGCCGCAGAAUGA